CGAAUGAAACACUGCAAACCUCAGCAUCAGCGAGUGUACAAUAAGAAGAUGAUGGCCCCGUGUACUUGUCGCGCAAGUUGCGCCUUCUCACACAUCUCAAUUUUCGUUCCUGGGUAGCAUCGUUGAGGUAGUCUCUGUAGAACGUCAAUUCGCGUCCAAGCCUCGAAUACGCGCCGUCGCGCCCCACCAUCCACCAUGAUCCAACAAACCUCUUGUAUCGACAUGCCAGCCAUGUCCUCCGCAAUAAAAGAAGUACCCGUUCAACUGCCAAAGAGCUUCGACCGACCCGACGAGCCAUGGCACCAUUACCUCAAUAUCGACAUGGUAUGGUAUGUCCUCGGAUACACGCUCUUCCAUCCGUUCGUAUCAUGGGUUGUAGUACUGUGUCUGCGAGCGCAAUAUACACCCUAUGAGAACAUUGAGAUGCGCAUUGCAAUGGCCUGGGCCAUGCUCAUGACGGUUAACGGCAUCUUCGGGCUCAUCAGCGACCGGAUCGCAUGGGGAUCACCGCGCGAGGUAGACCUAGAAGAAGAGGUUAUCGUUGUAACGGGCGGUGUUGACGGCCUUGGUGGACUGCUUGCGGAGACAUAUGGAAUGCGCAACGCGAACAUCGCCGUCCUGGAUAUGAAAGAAGUCGACGAGGAUGAAGCAGAGAACAAGGGAGUGGUCUACUACAAGUGCGACGUCAGCGAUGCGAAGCAAGUGGAAGCUGCAGCAGCCAAGAUUGUCGAAGAUCUCGGCGCUCCUACUAUCUUGAUCAAUAAUGCCGGCAUCGUACAGACCAAGUCAAUCCUCGACUCGACCGCUGAAGAUGUGGAACGCACUUUCCGCGUAAACACACUGGCGCACUUUACGACCCUCCGCACUUUCGUCCCGUACAUGCUGAAAGAAGGCCGCGGCACUAUCGUAACCGUCUCCUCUGUCCUUGGCCAUCUCGGUGCAGCCAACCUAUCCGCGUACACGGCCUCCAAAGCAGCACUUCUCGCACUGCAUCACUCUCUUCGCGCAGAACUUGCACAAAAUCCUGACGCGAAGGAUAUCAAGACAAUCCUAGUACAACCUGGUCAAAUGGGUACAACAAUGUUUGCAGGCCUCAAGACUCCAAGCAACUUCCUGGCACCGGUUGUUACGCCAGCCGACAUUGGCAAAGAUAUUAUACGGUUGAUUGAAAGGGGUGAGAGCGGGGAGAUCGCGCUUCCUCUAUACUCAAAAUACAUUCAGAUCCUUGGGGUAUUGCCUGUAGGCGUACAGCAUCUUGUGCGGAAGUGGAGCGGAAUGGAUAAAGCGGUGGGCAAAAUGAAGGAGUCGCGGCAAGGUCCGACCGAGAAGAGGUGA